UAGAGGAGAACAGAUACGAGGAAGUGACAUUUGAGUUGCUCCCGUGACACUCGUAGAAUCCACAAGUUAUGGUGAGUUUAGGGAGCGAAGGAGCCCGGCAAGGCGCCUAUUUCUUCGACCAAGAAGCAAGCCUGACUUCUAAAGACGAGGAGUUACUUGUAGACCAGACUUUAUCCGCGGAAAGCGACCCAGAAUUCCACCCCAUCUCCACCGUUUGGGCCGGGGUAACCCAGGCUGUCUUGGUCGUUGCGUUCGCCGUAGCUUGUUUCGUUCUUCCCGAGUUAGACAUCUCCAUAUCUAUACUUGUAUACUGUCAGACUGGUCUCUGGUUCCUGACGUUUCUCCUAGAGCGGUACAUGCGGUAUCAGCACUUUGUUUCCCGACGAAACGGUUACUUGGAGUUCUACCGACAGACGAAAGACAUCCGUCGGCUGCCCUUCAUCGUGAUCUCGGCGGGUUCGUCGCUGCUACUGGCCGUGCUCCAACUUCUGAGCGAGCUCAGGGAGAAAGACCAGAAGAACGCAGCCUUAAAACCCGAUCAUUACAUACAAGUCCUGGCAGCCCUGGAGCUUGUGACCACCCUGCCGUGCCUGAUCCUGUACCUGGUGCGAACCGUCCGGUUCAACAGCAGCCGUGCCUCGCCUGACGUGCAGCAGGACGAGCUGGGCUUCAUGCAGUCACACGUCACCUCUACAGAGGUCGGCUUCAGGGACGGCGACUACCUGGACGAGGUGCUGGAGAAACAGGCGGACAUGAUCCGCUACCUGCAGCAGCACAACGCGCACCUGGGCAGGCGUAUCCUGCACCUGACACAGGACCAGUCACAGGCCAACUCCAGACACUGAAGUCUGGGGGAAGACUCGAUACUGCAUAUGGCAACCAGUUCCUGUAAAUAA